CCUGCGCAAAAUGCAAAAUGGCGGGAGGAGGGCUUCAUAGUUCUGUAUUUCUUGUAAUGGUCUCUGGGCAGAUAGAAUCCGCAAGGUUUCCUGAAUUUGACGAUUUGUACUGCAAGUACAGUUUUGUUUAUGGCCAAGACUGGGUAGUGACGUCGGGUUGGGAAGAAGGAAUUUCCCAAACUACUAAAAAGAGUUUGGAUAGACGACAAGUCUUUGUUUUUAAUUUUCCUCUGGACAUCACCUUCAAAAGUACAAGUCCUUACGGAUGGCCUCAAUUAGUGAUCAGUUGCUAUGGCUUGGAUGCCUUUGGCCAUGACGUAGUGCGAGGAUAUGGAGCUGUUCAUGUUCCCAUCUCUCCUGGGAGCCAUACAAGAGAGUUGCCAAUGUUUGUUCCAGAGUCCUCAUCAAAAUUUCAAAAAUUUACAAGUUGGUUCCUUGGCAGAAGGCCAGAGUUUGUAGAUCCUAAAGUUGUGGCACAAGGUGAAGGAAGAGAAGUGACACGAGUAAGAUCACAGGGGAGUGUGAAAGUAACAUUUAGUGUUGUGACUCGUGACAUGAAGAAGUUAGGCUAUGACACAGAAGCUGCUACUGUUGCUAUUCCACAUCUAGCUCCUGGAAACACAGGAAUCACUACAAUACGACCAGAAUCUCAAGCUCAUGGAACAGAGAGUCAUUCAUAGUGAAUGGUGAUACCUUUGAAGUGUUGCAAAUGCCCAGCAUAUGCUAAAGGCUGGUUUUCUUGAACCCAACAUAGCAUUCAAAAGAGAGGAGAUGGAAAGACAAAAUAACAGUUGAUUACAUAUGUGGAAGUUGACUAAUUCAAGAAAAGAAAGCUUGCUCCUUCCCAUUCACGAGGGACCUUAAGCGGUCAGGAGAGCAAUGCUAAGGAAAUCAUUGACUAGAAAAUGAAGUUAUAUUUUCUUUUAGAAUUUUGUGAAGGGCUGAAUGUGUGAACUGAAUCUAACCGUGUCCUAAGUUUCAGUUCUUUCAUAGCAUAUACGAGUAGCAUUGAGCUCUUAGAAGAAAUUGCAAUAAGUUGCUAUCAGGGAUUCCAUUCUCAGACCUUGUAAUUCUUGGGAAUUUCCCAAUGUUGUGUUGCAGAAGUUGGCUUGGAAAUGUGCAAAGUUGUAAAAGGCACCUGCUCUGCUGUUGUUCUGCUCAUUAAAUCUCCUGUUUUGCCAA